UUAAAGAAACGGGGUAUGAAUCUCACUUCAUUGCUUGAGGAAAGCAAUAGUAGUAUCUAUGGCGAUGAGGAGAUAAAAUUUAUGGAAGAAGAGGGAGGGUCCUCCAAAAGAAAUGCAGUGUCAACAGAUUAUGAGAAAAGCUUAUCUAAUCAAAGGGAACGUUCUGUGGCACUGAACAGUGAAGGACUUGACGGUUUGAUUCCACGGGCUAAACUUUUACUAUCCAUUGGUGGAACUUUCUUCUUUGGAUUUUGGCCAUUGAUCCUUGUAACAAUUGCAUCCUUCUCUGCUCUAUACCUUGUAAGCUUCUUCUGUUUGAUCUUUGGCGUGUUUCAUGACUUGCUUUGGUUCGAUAAUUCUACUGCCCAGAUAUGCUUAAUAUUUUUGCAUUAGUUAUCUUCUGAUGCAUUGUGAAUCUAUUGUAAACAUGCCAUUGACUUCUUUUCUAU